AUGCCCAAACAUAUCCCAAGCGAGCACUACGUCGGGAAAUCCUACGAAGUCACCAACAAAACAUUCAUACACCCAGAGAUCGAACAUCACGAUCACCCCAGCGACGCCGAGCAUUACUUGCUUCCAACUGUGUUUACCAUUCAGAACGGCGCUUCUGUGCUGGCCAAGUAUCCUGGUCCUGGCGUCUAUCAUAUCACAGAGGGCGAAUGCCUUCUUGAGUACGUCACCGAGCCUGUGCACAGUACCACUAUCAGCGCCGGCUCUGUUAUUCACGUCGAAGAGGGUGCAUCGAUUUGCUGGAUCUGCGGGUCGCCUUCUGGAGUCAAAGGCUUUGCGGCGUUCCAUGUCCCGGUGUCUGUCAAAGGCAUUGACGAUGAUGAGCUGUCGUGGCUCUAUGCAGUGCACAACACAAUAAGCACCAGCAAGUAA